UAUAAAAGCGGAGCAUCGUACAACUCUCGUUCAAUUUGGUGAACGUUCCUCGAUAUUCACCAUUUUUUUUUCAAUCAUCGACCAACGAUCAUGUACCUAGCGGAGAUUGUUCUUUUGUUCCUGGCCGCUGUAGACCCCUGCCUCUGCAAUGAAAAGGUGCCCGACGCCAACGAUGAUGCUUAUUAUGAGAACAUAGGAAAGAGGCCGGAGACAAGCUCCGCAGUAGCACUGAUUCAACUAAUUAAAGAUCAGAGAGUGCAAUCGCUGCUCAACCCUGGAGGGGGAGCACUUUUCACAACCUCUACACUGGUCUACUAUGGCAGACCGAACGCCGCUAAAAUCGGUGGAGUCCAAUACGAUUUGAGUACGGAUGCAAUGAACAAAGUUGCACGAGUUUUGCAGGAUCCUGUGGAAUUAGCUUCACUGGUCAUCCAGCAGAAGCGAAAUCAUCAAAAAACAGCGAGCGUCAGAUCAAAACGGGCCGACACGAAUAAUCCGGUGGACGACGGAUCUAUGCAGGACGAGAGUCAUGAAUAUUCGCAAUUUGCUCAAAAAACGAGUAACACAUCGGACACACUGAGAAUCGAAGCCGUAUCGGAUGUUCAUCGCAACGCAAAACGAGAUACCGAAUACAAGAAUCACGACACCCUACAUGCGAGAUUAUUGAUAGAGCUCGAUUCCAAUUUCUACCAUAACGAGACGGAAAGAGAGUUGAUACGGACACUGAAAUACGUUAUGGCUUUCUGGAAUGCCGUCGAACUUUCCUUUCGUAGUAAUCUGAGACCAUCUAUCAAUUUUUACGUCGUGGCAAUCGUCCUAGCAACUACGCCAGAGGCUACACCACAUCUCUUGAAUUCCCGAAUCCCGAAUAGUGAACAGCUUGAUAAUGAGCAAUCGGUUGAAAACACAGAGGAUCAUUGGUUUAAAGCAAAAGACCAAAUUCCGAUGGAUACGUACGACAUCGCUGUGACGAUGACCAAACGGAUCCUGGGGGAAGAUUCGCUUGGUGUCGCAAGAAUCGGUUCCGUAUGCGGGAGUUCUCUGAAAAAGGAUUCGAAGCCUGCGGUUGCUAUCUUUACUGACAAUGCUGAUUUCACUGGUAUUCACGCGGGGAUACACGAAUUAGGCCACGUAUUCGGCCUGACACAUGAGAGCAACGAAAAGUGUAGGAUUUUCCAGACAGGUUACAUCAUGGACGCAAGCUCCACUCCUACGGAAUUUUCGUCGAAAUUCUCGAUAUGCUCAUACGACCAACUUUCUUCACGGUGGAGAGAGGGAAAGUUCGCUUGUUUGUAUAGAGCACCGGAGACGACAUCGGCUAUGCCACACUUGGUGCCUGGAAAAAUGAUGAGUUUAGAACAACAGUGUCAAGGACAGAAACAUAAAGAAGCAUGUAGCUACGGCUUGGACGAAAUCUGCGUUCGACUCAGAUGUUUGAAUGAAAGGGUUGAAACGGAGUGGGGAACUUCUGAGAGCUGUAAAAGGCUCAGCUAUAGCGCAGCACUAGGCACUCCCUGCGGAUCCCAAAACGACGGGAAACAACGGUUCUGUUAUAUGAACCGCUGCAUCGAGUUCGACAACUGAUCGCUCCAACAGGACCAUAAUUAAUCAGCCUCUAUUAUCUUCAACAGUUCUAUAUCUAUUAGUAUUAGUAGCUCCGUUGGUCAAACACCAGUGUUUGACUAAGCUUAAAAUUCUUACUCAGUUUACUUAGUUUGAAUAGAAUUAAAAUAAAAUUAAAGCCGACGACGAAGGAGCACCGGGUUAGGCCAACAUUACGCGGUUGGCUGACCGCCAACCGUGCACCGUCUUGCGGGUCAACCGCUCACCUCUGAGCGCCGGAUUUGGCAAAGUGUGCGCUGGACACACGCGUUAGACUUCGUUGACAUCGGUAUGAGAGUAUUUGUAUCCGCAUCGUUGUGUGUAUCAUUGAAUAAAAUUAAUUGGCAAUCUCAA